CGCCAGUUUGGAGGUGUUUGGUUAGAUCUGUCAUUCACUCAAAACAUAAUCCCCGCCCUUCGCCAAACUAGGCUAGGCAGACCGGUAGUGCUGACUGUGAGAUCGAUUGGGUGUAUGUAUACAAACUGGUCGAGUUUUGCUAAGAAGUUGGAAUUGGCGAUGUUUUCCUGAGGUUCUUAAACUGGUACGACGGUCCUAGUUCCACAUGGCUACGUAUGAUGAGGACAUUCUGAAAAACCCUUUCUAUCUUGCAUUUGAAAAACAGCGCCCAGAUCUAUGCAGUGAAGUAGCGGAAUCCCAUGGUAUUGUCCUAGUACCUUGUAGAGGCAGCCUGACCAGUGACAGCUACCCAUCAGCCCAGUUUGAAGCCUAUGUACUGAAGCCUGUGGAUGGAGGUUAUCAGACUCUAAAUGGAAAGGAAGUCUGUAUUCAAGACAGCUUGAUAAAACUGGGAGCAGGCUUUACCACUACAUGCACAGUUCCCAUUCUUUUUGAAGAAACCUUCUACAAUGAAAAGGAACAGAGCUAUAGCAUUCUAUGUGUAGCUCGGCCCAUUGAGUUAUGUGCAGUUGAACCAGCCCCACCGUUAGUAACUUAUUGCUUAAAGAAUGUGGAAGAUGUCAAGGAGUUCUUGGGUAGGCACACAGAAAAACUGGACAAGUUCAUUACAGCCUUCCGUGGAACAUUCAAAGAGCACGAAAGAAAAGGCUUACGACAUCACAUAGAUCUCGUGAAUGCACUUUACACAAAAUGUCUUCAGUGUUUGCUGAGAGACUCCCGGCUAAAAGUGCUUGCUAAACAGGAGCUUCAAAUGAACUUGAUUAAGCAGUCUGUUGAAAUGUACAUACACCAUGGCAUCUAUGAUUUAAUAUUUAAGUAUGUUGGAACCAUUGAAGCUAGUCAGGAUGCCGCAUUUAACAAAACUACAAGAAGUCUACAAGACCUCCAAAAAAAAGAAUUGGGUGUCAAGUCAGAAUACAGCAUCAAUAUACCUCGUGCCAAACGUGAGCUGAGUCAGCUGAACCGCUGCACCUCCCCACAGCACAAGCUCACCUGCCUUAGGAAGGUAGUGAACACCAUCAUGCAGACGCCAAGCCAAAGAGUUAACAUUGAGGGCAUGUGUGCCGAUGAUCUUCUGUCUGUCCUCUUGUAUCUGCUGGUGAAGACAGAAAUACCCAACUGGAUGGCCAAUCUUAGUUACAUUAAGAACUUUCGAUUUUGCAACUCCUCGAAAGAUGAUCUUGGGUACUGUCUCACCUCAUUUGAGGCUGCAGUGGAGUUCAUCCGCCAAGGCAACCUCUCCAUUGGACACAUGGUGUCAGGAAAUGUAAAUAACAACUUGUUCUUCAGACAGAAAAUGAAUCUGCUGUCUCAGAACGCUGCAACCGCGAUUGACUGUCUGUUUGAGCACAUCGCCAGUGGUAAUGAGAGCGAAGUGGAAAAGCUGUUGAGUGAGGGAGAAAACGAAGAGGAAAAUAUCCCAAUGUGCCAUCCCCUGUGCUCCUGCGACAGCUGUGAGAAGCAAUUAUCUGGCAGAUUGAAUGACCCGUCCAUUGUCACUCCAUUCUCUAGAGAUGAUCGAGGAUACACUCCUCUCCAUAUUGCUGCUAUCUGUGGUCAGUCAUCAUUAAUAGAUCUGCUGGUUUCAAAGGGAGCUGUUGUGAACGCAACAGACUAUCAUGCUUUAACUCCACUCCACCUGUCCUGCCAAAAAGGGUUCCAAAGUGGGACAUUGCUGCUGUUACACUACAAAGCCAGCACCAACAUGCAGGAUAUCAAUGGCAACACUCCGCUCCAUUUGGCCUGCAUGUACGGGCAUGAAGAUUGCGUGAAGGCACUGGUGUACUAUGAUGUACACUCCUGCAGACUGGACAUUCAGAAUGAUAAAGGAGACACUCCCCUCCACAUUGCAGCUCGCUGGGGCUAUGAAGGAGUCAUUGAGGUGCUGCUGGAGAAUGGAGCCAGUACUGAUAUUCCCAACAAGGCAAAGGAGACUCCAUUUCAAUGUGCGCUCAACUCCAAGAUUUUAGCAUUACUGGAAUUGACCUACAGUGGAUUUGGACAGAGUGCUAGUGAGUCUCCUGGAAGAUCUCCUCAGCGCUCCACAGAUACAUGCAGUCGGAGAUCGUCCAUGUCAAGUGCGUCCUCGCUGUCCACAGACAUCAAGCACGAAAACGAGAAAGGAAAACGCAAGGAGGUGGAGAAACUGCUGAGGGCUAUUGCUGACGGAGAUGUGGAGAUGGUGCGUUACCUGUUGGAAUGGCUGGAUCAUUAUACUGAGGAGGAUGAUGAGGAUGAGGAUGAUGAUGAUGAUGAUGAUGAUGAUGAUGAGGUGGCGGUGGAGGUGGUGGAGGAGGCUGGCCCGGGGCUGAAGUCCAAGUUCUGUCACCCGCUGUGCCAGUGCCCAGAGUGUGAACCCGCACAGAAGCUGGCCAGUGUGCGGGUGAGUGGUGUGGGAGUGAACAUCAGUAACCAGGACGGCUUCACUCCCCUGCAUGUGGCUGCUCUUCAUGGACACGCUCCCUUGGUCUCCUUGCUCAUUGGGAAUGGAGCCAAUAUCAACGCUCAGAACACUCAAAGUGCCACGCCACUGCACCUGGCCUGCCAGAACAGCCACCUGCAGGUGGUGACAUCCUUACUUGAAUGCAAUGCUAAAUUAAACAAGAAGGACCACUUUGGAAAUACACCCUUGAUUCAUGCGUGCCUGAGGGGACACCUGGAGACAGCCAUGGUGUUGCUGGAGAGUGGAGCGUCACUUAAUGUUGCCAACAAUCAAGGGAACACAGCUCUGCACGAGGCAGUGAAGGGGAGCCACCGCCCCCUGGUGGAGCAGCUGCUGCAGUGCGGGGCGUCGCUGCAGGUGAGGAACAAGCGGCUGCGCACUCCACUAGACUGCGCCGAGGAGAUGCCUGGCAGGCAGAACACUGAGAUUCUGAGGAUUCUGCAGAAAGCUCCCGGGUGCACAGUAGUUGAUGGCACACCGACACUCAAAACACCUGCAAAAGAAAUAUCUGUGGAAGUGCGGAAAUCUCCAGCUUCUGGGAAGCAACUUAAAGCAGUUGACGACCCCAGCAGAAGACUUGUCCAGUCAAUUAAUGGAACACAUUUUAGGAAAGCAAUCGCAAGAGACAAACGUGUUCCCAGCGUCGACACCGCUCUGCUUCAUCAGCUGGCAAUAAAGAAGUCUGAGAAAACCAAGCUGAGACGUGCCGAGACUAUAGAUCAACCGUUUACAGCGACCACUAAAGGGGGAGCGACACGAAACACUAAGGUUGUCAGUGCUCGGACUAAAACCCUGAGUCGCAGCCACACGGCCACUGAGGAACGCAUGCCUGACUGCGCGGGGGAAAACUGCGUGGAGCCAGAAGACUUCUUUGACUCUCCGCAUAAAGUCAACGGACACGCAAGCACAUGCGACCGCACACACAAUACAAACCAGAGAAUGAACUGUGCUGAAAUAAAUCCACGGGAAAUGAAAGAACUAACUCUGAAAAGCGAGCCGGGGAGCUUUUCUGAAGAAGACUCUAGUGAGGAGCAGUCCUCCUCGUCCCUUGCUAGCCUUGUCUCUCAGCAAGUCUGUAAUACAGAGCAGGCAGUAGAUCACCAAGGGACAGGCCACUAAACAACAGGAACGCCACUGUAUUUGACCCAGCAAGCAAACUACCUUUUAAAGUCAAGGUCUAGAUAGUGAAUUUUCAAUAGGUAAUUAAGCGUCAAUUUCAUGAGCCUAAUCACAAUGCUUCAAGUGGCUAUAGCCAACACAAUAAUUCCAUAAAUGAAAGUUGUACAAUUCAGGUCUCCACGUCAUGUCAGUUUUAAAAGAAACUUGUGUUCUGGAAGCAUGUAUUUUAAUUAAAAAAAAUAAUAUCUGGUAAUCUACUAGGCUAAAGGGAAUGUUUUCAGGCUUUUUAAGCGAGUCUUUCCUUGGUCAUUUCACCUGGAGCGUAUCCCCCACCCCUUUUAAAUACUUUAUUCCUGUCAUUAACCAACCAGGUGUUUGCCCUAAUGACUGACAUGUUUGACCCAGAAGGAAAUGAAGCACUACCUGAAAGCAAGAUGUGCAACGUUUUUAGUUUACCAGAUAUAUAUUUUGUUGACCAUGAAAAUACAUGUUGGAUAUAUUUCUCUAUUAGAGAACUACUUUCAUAUAUGAAGUGUCUAUAUGAAAAUAGAUCAUACAAAAAUGAUGUAUACCUUGAGACAGGUUGUGGUGUGCUGGUGAGUGGAGUUAUUUUUCUGCAGAGGUCUGCAGUGUUGAAAGUUUUGAUCAAUUAUUAAAGUUUGAUAUUAAUUUAACCAAAGUCUUGAAAAGGUUAGGAUGAAUACCAUAUUGUAUUUAAUUAAUCAAAACCAACUCAUAUAGUCAGUAUGGCUGUAUGUGUCUUGUAUAAAGAAGUCGUUUGGCUAAGCAAGUUCUGGAAUAAUAAAACGUAUUUAAUUAAUUGCAUUUUUUUUUUUUUUUUUAAGAAAUUGGUGAAAUAUAAAUUGUGUACAACUCAAAGCACUUUUUCGUCUUAAUAUCAAGCCUCAGAAAAGGGACGGUCAUAUUCCUAGUGUGGGAUCAUGAUAAUCUUUCUGGCCAUUGCUUCCUGCACCGGCAAUAGGAUUGGUGCUACUAUGUAAAAAAGAGAAAAUAAUUUGUUGAAUUUAUUGGGCUAAAAUGUAGAAAAUGUACAGGGGUUGUAGAAAAAAAGAAAAAAAAGUUUUCCUUUUUAAUCAAUUAUCACAAAUGGUGUCACAAUUCUAUUUUAUCCUUAAACAAACUCACAUUAUAGGCAUUUCAUAUGUCUAUUAAUAAUAGGAAUAUUAAAAAUGCUCAUCUAUAAGCAUUAACAUAGUCACCCAAUCUAUUUAGUUGCAUCUCCAAUUUUAGAGGCUACUCUGUGGAAUCCUGCAGAUUAAAAAUAAAGAGAACUGAUUGGAUCCGAUAUUCACAGCACAAUUCUUAAUUCGGUGAAAGGGUGAUUUUGAAAUGAUUUAUAAAAAAAUAAAAUAAAAAUUCAAAUGUGAUUAAUCAAACAGGUCUUUAACAGCCCUUGUGAAUGGGGCCCCAGUAGUUCAAGUGUGUUUUUAAAAGAAUGUCUUCUAAAGCAACACCUGCAAAGUAAUGCCUUUAUUUUACCCGCUCCUGUCGUAUCUGAAUUCUGGGGUCUCAAAAGCUUACAGUGACUUGCAAGAUCCAACUUGGAUUUAACAUUUUUAGCAAAAAUAGUAUUGUGCCUCGUUUUCAGUCCUGCGCCUCGUUUUCAGUCCUGCUUCCAGGUUCGUUGCCAGUGUGGCACAUUGGCAUACACAGUAAAGUGAUGCAACACCCCUGCUUAGAUAGUGAAAAUGCUAAAUCCUUCACAAUGUUACUGCUAUACUGAAUGUGCAAUCAUAGCAUUCUGUGAAUUAUACACUUGGAUUACUGGAUUAAAAGAUGCAGUUUGAUUUUGUUCUUAGUGUCCUGCCUUUUUGCUAUGAAAAAUACUUUCCACCAGCUCUUAGUUUGAUUCUCUGUACAUAUAUAAAAAAAAAAGGUAGAUUUUAUUAACACAUAUUUUUUUACACUUCUGCUUAGGUGUUUAUUUGUCUUUUUUUUUCUUUUCUUUUGGGGGAAACUAAUUGUUCUUAUGCAGUGAAUGUGCCUUAUUUAAUUUGUGCCAAAUUAUUAAAAUGGAUAUAAUUAAAUUAAAUGAAAAUGUAGUGAUCAUUUUGCUUUUGUAUCAUUUUGCAAUUGUUUAAAACUAAUCAUGGCUGUGUACGAGUAGGACGAGAGGCCAUUUAUCGAAUCAAGAGUAUGUUUAGAAAAGAAGGUUACUGUAGGAAGCACUUUGUUACACAGAUAGUUAUAAUGUAUAUCAUUUUGUUGUUAAUUCGGUGGUUAGAAUGCAGCAAUAGGCCACAAUUGUUAUGUUUUUUUGUGUGGUCUUCACAUAACCAAAACAGCAAUUAAAAGUACUGUGAAACACCUGG